AAAAGGAUAUACUCCCAUUUUUUGUUAUCACAACUACGGCUAGACUUCUCUGCAUAAUGGAGAUUUUCCCAUUACCCGUUGUAGGCAUUGUAAACCUGUAUCUUACAUUACCAACCACGAUUUUUCCAUUACCCGUUGUAGGCAUUGUAAGCCUGUUUUUUUACAUUACCAACUACGGUGGGUCUGAAUAUAGAGUAACUCAAGACCAAAGGGCAGAAGGGACAUUAAAACGGUCCUUAAAAGAGUCCUUCGUUUUCAAUAACAUUUACCAAGCAGAUCUCUUGGAACAAAUAAAUAAGAAAGAAGAAGAUGGGCUGUUCAUCGAAGGAUCCGAAAAAUCUGUGGGCGCAAUCAUCAAGUCUGCAGCUAUAUCCUCAUACCACAGAUACUACGAGGAUAAUAAAUUAAAACCCAUGAUCACACUUGGCUUAAAUAAUAUCUUGGACUUGUCGUACGUCUUCCCAGAUUCCCAAUCUGCUUUGUUCAUUCCAGAUCAGUGGAAAAACUUGAAACGGUCGCUCAAGAAAUAUAAUGAUACCAAACCUUGUCAUAUCAACCGCAAAGCCCAAUCAACAUUGUCUAAAGCAGAGAUUAUUGCUCAAACCGAUCUCCCAAAGGCUAGCGAUUAUUUGAACGGGUAUCUUUAUAAAUACAAACCCAAGUUGAGUCAAGACGAUGCCUUUAUUAUUUUAUAUGUUCACGCCUUUAUUUGCGAAUUUUUGGCCUUCAAUCAGUACAUGUUUGACAAGAACAUUGAAAAGAACGAGCAAGAUUGUAUUGUAAAGUUCUGGGGUCCAUUGAUGGAGAAGCUGGUACAAAAUACUGGUUUAAGACUCAAAUGGGGUGAAAGCUCAUGUUCCAUUGCUCCCAACCGCCUGAGGGCCGAUGUUCGGGUGAUCUAUGAUAAUAAAGAAGGACAACAGCACAAGGAGUACGACAUAAUGCAAAUAGAAGCUAGUCGAAUAUCCCCAACCAAGCAGCAGUUUGACUUUGGUAAUCAACUUGGUUAUUUACAUACAAUGCGGGUUUUCAAAGUUUACGUAAUAUUUUACACUGUCUUCAAGCGAGUCGAUGACAUCUUUGGUUUCCGCAAUCAACUUCGUAUGAUCAAAGUAUUCCUCCGGUUAUAGUUGACUUUAAGUUUAUAACAUCACUUUGAACCACUUUAAUAAUUACUCGAAACGAAUGGAUCGAUUUGAAAAAGACCACCAUCAUUGCAGGAUUACAUUGUAGAUAGGUAUGAUCAGACCCUAAAUGGAUGUGGCUACACUGUAAAUAGCAGGGACGCAUUUUAAUUGGCUCGCGCCUGGGCUUUAAGCGUGCCCGGCUUGUUUUAAGCUGUAAAUGGCUGUGAUCGCCUGUUUAUCCAAAUUCCAGCGAAGAUAAAAAGCAAGAGCUUACAAUUUCAAAGAGUCCAUCUUGGUAUCCUCCACAACCAAACCAAAAAGCAGCUCCUUUGAUGGCCAUCCCCCCACACCUUCGAUGAGUACUUUUUUUCAUUUGUAUACCGUGACCGACAAUUAAAACUCGCCCAAAUUUUUCUGAUUUUGGAAAUGCC